AUGCCUGCUUGCUACCAUCACCACCCUCCUGCUUGCGCUGUCGGCGCCUCACCCUUCAAGGAAGGCAACCGUCGUCGCCGUGUGGGGAGGGGGGCGGGGCUCAUAGCGUGGGAGAGGGAGACCGGCAGUGACAAAGAUGGGAUGGUUGAUGAUCCGUCGGAAAGGAUGAACGGGAGUCGACAGAUGGAACUCCACUACAUAAACACUGGAUAUCCAUACACCAUCACCGAGAGCUUCAUGGAUUUUUUUGAAGGCCUCACAUAUGCUCAAGCUGAUUUUGCUCUUGCCGAUGCCUUCCAGGAUCAGGCUAAUCCAUACUGGACGAUGAUGCAAACAAACUCGUAUAAAUACGGAUAUUCUGGCGCAGGAAAUUACUAUAGCUAUGGACAUGUGUAUGACAUGAAUGACUACAUGCAUAGAGCAGAUAGUGGACGCAGAAUUUGGGAUAACCCCAUGCCUGUAAACAAUACCGACUCCCCCAACAUAGUCCUGCAGGGUGCUGAAGCUCCUCAUGCAAGUGCAAGUUCUACUACCGAGGAACGCAUCCAACAACCUGUGCACCAAAAUUCAAGCAGUCCUCAGGUUGUUUGGCAAGACAGCAUUGAUCCUGACAACAUGACAUAUGAGGAAUUGUUGGAUUUGGGCGAGGCAGUUGGAACCCAAAGUCGGGGUCUCUCCCAAGAAAGCAUUUCAGCACUUCCAAUCACCAAAUUCAAGUGUGGUUUAUUUUCAAGGAAGAAAAAACGCCGUGAAAGGUGUGUAAUCUGUCAAAUGGAGUAUCGGAGAGGGGAUCUGCAGAUGGCACUCCCCUGCAAGCAUGUGUACCACGCCAGCUGCGUGACAAAAUGGCUUACCAUCAACAAGGUAUGCCCUGUCUGCUUUGCUGAAGUUCCCGGCGAGGAGCCCAAGAGGCAAUGA